AUGGUCAGCUCCUGUUGUGGCUCUGUCUGCUCUGAGCAGGGCUAUGGCCAAGGCACCUGCCAGGAGAGCUGCUGCCAGCCCAGCUGCUGCCAGACCACCUGCUGCACGCCCACCUGCUGCCGGCCCAGCUGCUGUGUGUCCAGCUGCUGCAGGCCCCAGUGCUGCCAGUCUGUCUGCUGCAGGCCCCAGUGCUGCAUCCCCAGCUGCUGCCGUCCCACCUGCUGUCAGACCACCUGUUGCAGGACCACCUGCUGCCGCCCCAGCUGCUGUGUGUCCAGUUGCUGCCGCCCAGAAUGCUCCAGUAGCUGCUGCCAGGAGAGCUGCUACCAGCCCAGCUGCUGCCAGCCCAGCUGCUGCCGGCCCAGCUGCUGUGUGCCCAGCUGCUGCAGGCCCCAGUGCUGCCAGUCUACGUGCUGCAAGCCCACCUGCUGCUGCCCCACUUGCUGCAUCUCCAGCUGCUGCAGACCUAUCUGCUGCCAGACCACCUGCCACAGACUCACCGGCUGCAGCUGCUGUGUGGCCAGGUGUUGCUGCCCUGCUGCUGCCUGUGUCCAUCUGCAGCGUGAUUCCAUCUCCUGUCACACCACUUAG